GUUAAUCUGGCCUUGCGCGACGACCACCAAUGGUAGAUCUAAUUCUACCUGUUGCUGUUUCUCAUGCGACUGCUGGCCUCAGAUAUGCGGCUCGAGUCUUGAUACUUCCAAGGACCGAUAUGCCGCCAAUACUCAACAGCUCGCACCUGAUACUUCAGCUCGUCCAAACGAGGUUCCCCCCUCGUAUCCGGUUAGCCAAGGGAUGUCCGUCCCACCUACAACUUGAAGACAACUUCGCAUCAUAAUACGAUCUCAAGUUGUGUCUGAGCUUCAACUUCGAGAUUUGUGGUUACCAUCUUAUUUCGGAAACUAUUUGUCUAUUUCACGGACGUGUGUUAUUAUGAGAUAUUUGAAGACUCCAGUGCUCCUUUUAGCUCGAAAACAACACGGUCUAGUUCUGUACUCUUGUAUUGCUUUCUUUUGAUGACACCUCAACAGACAAGCUUAUCCUGCAAACAUUGCAAGGAUUGAACUCAAUAUAAUGGGAUCCGGUUCAG